AUGCACCAUUCUCAACUAGCCCCGCUACCAAAUGACCUGCCCUUUCGAAUUGUCUCCAAGACCAUUGGGCAGGGUGCCUAUGCGUGUAUCAAAAAGGCAUGCCCCUCGCAUACGGAUAAUCCCGUUUUCGCCGUCAAAUUCAUCCACAAAGAGUACGCCGCUCGACAUGGAAAGAUUAGCCCCCGACAAUUGCAGAUGGAAGCGACGGUACACAAGCACAUUGGCGAUCAUUACAAUAUAAUCUCGUUCUUCCAGACGGGGGAGGACGAAGUUUGGCGAUGGAUCGCGAUGGAGCUGGCCGAGGGUGGCGAUCUUUUUGACAAAAUCGAGGCCGACGAAGGUGUGGGAGAAGACAUUGCCCAUGUCUAUUUCUCACAACUUAUCAGUGCCGUGGGCUAUAUGCAUUCGAAGGGCGUGGGACAUCGAGAUAUCAAACCGGAAAAUAUGCUCCUCACUGCCGAUGGGAACCUGAAGAUUGCGGACUUUGGCCUCGCCACCUUAUUCGAGUACAAGGGAGUGACCAAACUGUCUACCACGUUUUGCGGUAGCCCUCCAUAUAUUGCUCCAGAGGUGAUCUCUUGCAGCAGCAAAGCCCAAAUUAAAGGCUCGGGCUACCAACCAGAUCUGGUGGAUAUCUGGUCGUGCGGCAUCGUUCUCUUCGUUCUUCUGGCCGGAAACACGCCAUGGGACAGUCCCACAGAAAAUAGCUACGAGUUUCACGAAUACGUUACAACAAAUGCACGCACCAGCGACGAACUGUGGCAGAAACUACCAGUGGCCACUCUAUCGCUACUUCGAGGAAUGCUGAACAUUGACCCCGGGAACCGGUUUUCGUUGGAGGAUGUACGACGACAUCCCUGGUACACCCGACAAAACAAGUUCCUCGCCCCGGAUGGAAGGCUGCGAGACCCGAUAAAUUUGGCUACGACGAUGUUUGAAUCGCUUCAUAUCGACUUCUCCCAGGAUCCGCUUGCCUUGCGAUCGCAUGGCGGUAGUUUUGGUCCCGAUAGAAUGGAUAUGGGUGAUGAUUUUGAUGGGGAUCACAGAAUCUCCUCUACGCAGCCUGAGAUGCCGAGGGGAGGUAUGCUGGUUGACUGGGAUACUCCUCACUUGGGAGAUACGUUCUCCUCGACGCAACCGAUGGGGAAGCCUUUCUCUGCCGACGAUACCUUGAUUGCCGAUACCUUGGAGGACGAACCGUCCAUGUCCCAGUUCUCGCCGCAUCCUUCCGUGCCAUUAAGCCGCACCCAAAAGGCACAGCGAUUCCGUGACAUCGUCCCGUCCCGCCCGAUGACAAGGUUCUUCUCGACGUGGGAACUUAAAUUGCUGGUCCCUCUGAUCUGCGAGGCGCUGCACCGUUUAGGCGUACCCGUUCCCUCCGUCCCCGCAGUUUCGGCCGGGGACACCUCCGCCAUGAUACGCAUUGUGACUCGAGACGGCCGAAUGUGCACCUUACAAGGCAAGGUGAUCAUCGAAUGCGUUUCCGAGGGUCUCUUUGAAAUUGAGUUUAUGAAGGUGAAGGGCGAUCCCCUCGAAUGGCGACGGUUUUUCAAAAAGGCGGCCAUCCUGUGCAAGGAUGCUGUUUUCAAACCUGACGACUACGAAACAUGA